CUGCAUCCUCCUCACUGCAAACCAAAGAAAAUAAUACAGAGAGAGAGAGAGAGAGAGAGAGGUGAGAAGUUCAAAUUCUACAAUGGCAAACACGCCCAUAUGGAGCUCCCCGAUCCCUUACCUCUUUGGUGGGCUGGGUCUUGUGCUGAUCCUCAUAGCCGUGGCACUGAUCAUUUUAGGUUGCUCCUACAAGAAGAGGUCCUCAUCGAGCCAGGUUGAGGUCGAUGAUCAGCUGGUUAAGCUGGCCAUUCAGCCACUCGACAUGGAGCCGAGGAUCGUAGUCAUUAUGGCUGGAGAUGACAAGCCUACCCACCUAGCCAAGCCGGUUCCUCCGCAGGCAGCAGCGGUGCAUGAGUUCCCGACCUGCUGCUGCGACCAAGUCGAAUUAAAUUUGCUUCUGUCAACCCACUAAUCGCUAGAUAUUUUAGCAACUUGGUUUCCCUUUCCUUCGCGUUAAUGUUAACUGAGGGUUGCCUCAUUUUUGUUGCGUUUUGUACUGCACACUGACUCGGAAUCGCGGGAUGUGUAUAUUUAUGAUAGAGAAUUAUCAAUGGAAGAUCAAUUUUCACAUA